AUGAGCGACGACGACGCCGACGACCUCGCACUCGUGCGCACCAACCGCCGCACCGCCGCCGUCCCGUACCGCCGCGGUAUCGCACGUCCUCAACCGACUCGCACGACGCAGCAGCUGUCGAAGCGCCAGCUCGCCCUCGUCUCGCCGCGCCUCGGCGUCCUCCAGAACGUGCCGUUCGUCAUCCCGUUCGAGACGCGCGUCGCCAUCUUCCGCCAGUUCGUCUCGAGCGACUUUCAGCGGCUCGGACUCGGCGACGCGUCGAGUUUCUCUCCGCGCUCGCGGCACCGGGCCGUCGUCCGCAGGGGCAACCACCUCGCCGAGGACGCGUUCAAGCAGCUCAACGGGCUCGGCGCCGAGCUCAAGAAGCGGGUCGAGAUCGUCUUUGUCGACGAGCACGGCAUCGAGGAGAGCGGCAUCGACGGCGGCGGGCUGUUCAAGGAGCUACUCACGUCGCUCAGCAAGGAGGUCUUCAACACCGACCGCGGCCUGUGGCUCGCGACGUCGCAGAACGAGCUGUACCCGAACCCGCACACCUACGCUCGCGAACCCAACCAGCUCGCGUGGUUCGCCUUUGUCGGCCGCAUCCUCGGCAAGGCCCUGUACCAGGGCAUCCUCGUCAACGUCAAGUUUGCGGGCUUCUUCCUGUCCAAGUGGCUCGGCCGCCAGGCGUACCUCGACGACCUCGCGAGCCUCGACCCAGAGCUGUACCGCGGCCUCGUCAGCCUCAAGAACUACUCGGGCAACGUCGAGGACCUGAGCCUCAACUUCACCAUCACUGAGGAGGACUUUGGAGUCACGCGCACCAUCGACCUGAUCCCCCGCGGGUCCGAGAUCGCCGUCACGAACGAGAACCGGCUUCAGUACAUCGUCCUCGUGAGCAACUACCGCCUCAACGUCCAGAUCGCGCCGCAGUGCCGCGCCUUCUUCUCGGGCCUGAGCGAGAUGGUCAACCCGAGGUGGCUCCGCCUGUUCAGCCAGAGCGAGCUCGCCGUUCUCGUCGGCGGCACCGAGGACCCGAUCGACAUCGACGACCUGCGUGCGCACACCGUGUACUCGGGCUGGUCCGCCGACGAGAACACGCCGACGAUCCGCGCCUUCUGGGACGUCGUCUCGAGCUUCGGCAAGGAGGACCGCGCCAAGCUCGUCCGCUUCGUCACGGCAUGCGAGCGACCGCCCCUGCUCGGGUUCGGCCAGCUCAACCCGCUGUUCGCGAUCCGCAAGGCGGGCGACAACCAGUCGAGGCUGCCAACGAGCUCCACGUGCAUCAACCUCUUGCGCCUCGAAGAGUACUCGGACCCGGCAAACCUGCGCGAGAAGCUCCUCUACGCCAUCAACUCGGGAGCCGGCUUCGACCUCUCGUAAUUGUCGGUCGCGUCGAGCGACCCCCCCUCCCGACUUGUCUAGAUCCGUCGCGCCGCUGUCCUUGUACCGACUUUGCACUGCCAUUCCUCGUUACUCG